CUCGUCAGCCCCCGUAGGCCGCCGGGCAAAGUGCCGGUCAACAUGGAAGUGAAUCCCCCCAAACAGGAGCACCUGCUGGCGCUGAAAGGUCCUGUUGCCUCUGAUUUGACAAGCGAUACAGUCUUGUAAUAAUAAAUUGCAUUCUAGCUCUGAGGAGUUCAGCUAAGAAAUUUUCUCUUCAUUAAGAGUUAUUGAAUUACUGCAAAAUGACUACACAAGUAAUAUUGCAUUAUCGACCAUAUGAGUAUGAUUGCACACAACUGCCAAAGAUUGCAGAAAAGGCAAUUCAAGACUUUCCUAUUCAUCCAUUAUCAAGAUUCAUUCCUUGGUUUCCUCAUGAUGGAUCCAAACUUCCACUCAAACCCAAAGGAUUACCACCUAUUAUUUCUGGAGAAGCAGUUGAAGAUAUGAAACAGGACUUGACCAUUUCAGAACAUGGUGCAAAAACACAGAGUUAUGAUUGCACAGUAGAUCUUUUGGAGUUUCAACCAGCCUUGAAAAGGCAGCACUUAAUCCAGUCACACACAUUGACUGAACAGACUAAUUCAGGAAAUCAGGAUGAAAAAUCAGAAAAAAGAAGACAACACAAGAAGAGAUCUUGGAGUGUUUCAAUUGCCAGAAAUAAUUGCACCAAAAAGAUUUUUCCUCUGUCUAAAAAAUUACAAGAAUGCAUAAAGGCACUAAAUUUGCACUCAUUAUAUAGAGCAAGAUGGACAAUAGAACAUACUGUUUGCAGUAAUCAGUCUCUGGAAAACAUUUGGGUGAAACUCACUCGAAUUAUUAGACACAAUGAACUUCCUUCCUGUAAUGCUACAAUUCAGAGACAGUUAGGCCAGAUAUGGGUAUUCUGUGAUAUUCUUUACUGUGAAUAUGUGGGAAAUCUUCUUAAAGUUAGAUUAGCUCUUACUGGAAAAAUUAAUUUAUUUGUGCAUAAAUAUGGUGUUAUUUUUAGUAUGUAAUGAAUUCUAUUGAUUGCCAAAAAUGGAAUAUUCUGAAUGAACCAAGUAUGGACUGAAAUAGUGAGAUAAAUACAUUUUACUUAUUAAGAUGUUUUCAUGAUUUUAUAAAAUUUAAUGCUUCUAUAAUAUAGCAUAUUCUUUACAUUGUCAAGAAAUAAUUGUAUAGUGACUUGUGUCUCAGAAAUAAUAAGUAAAAGGUGAAUUCCUGGCUUGUCAAGUAAAAAAAAGUCUGGAUUCUGUUUAUUAACAGCAUUCUUUUAAAUGGAAUUAGGAUAAAUUAUUAUUGAUAUGAAUUUGGAGGUAAAAUGUUCUAUUCUUUUGUUCUGAUACCUUUAUAGUGAUUGAAAGUAGAUUUUAAUGACUCUUUAUGA